UUCCGUUCUGUUUCGUUCCCUCCUGACUGCCAGUGGCAGUAAACAGAGUGGAUGUAUCUCCUCGCGCUCUGCGCAGGUCGAGUACUAAUGUAAACAAAGUCACGCACGUGACACGUAGCGCACCUGGUCGCGAGUCUAUAAAUUACGCGCCGAUAGCUACGUUCGGGUCUCUUUGAUCUUCUCGCUGUUGGCCUGGCGUGCUUCGCUGGUCAAUCGCUCCGUAAGUCCGUGAUUCGGAUCUUAUCGGUCUUGAGAGAAGAGCUUGUUGUGAACCAGGAACCGUGCGGGAGAUGGGGGACCAGGAGCCACCACAGUUUGGGUCCCUAGAGGAGGAGCUGGAGCACUGGAAGGAGCAGGCGGCCCGGCAGCAGCAGAUAGCAACGGAAUCCCAGGAGGAGCUGCAGGAGUUCCAGCAGAUGAGUCGGGAUUACGAGGUAGAGCUGGAGACGGAGUUAAAACAGUGCGAGGCAAAAAACCGGGAGCUGCUUUCUGCCAAUAACCGUCUUCGGGUGGAGCUGGAAAAUUACAAGGACAAGUAUGAGACUCAUCACCCCGAGGCCUGCAGGCAGAUCUCCAGCCUGGAGGGAGACUUGGCUGAAACCACGGCCAUCACAGACCAGCUCCAGAAGUACAUCAGAGAGCUGGAGCAGGCCAAUGAUGACCUGGAGAGGGCCAAGAGAGCAACCAUCAUGUCACUGGAGGACUUUGAGCAAAGAAUGAACCAGGUUAUAGAGAGAAACGCUUUUCUAGAGAGCGAGUUGGAUGAGAAGGAGACCCUUCUGGUGUCUGUUCAGAGACUAAAGGACGAAGCCAGAGAUCUGAGGCAGGAACUGGCUGUGCAACAGAAACGGGUACAGGACAGAAAACCGUCCCUCAGCAGUGCCGUCAAGGAGCCUUCAUCCUCCUCCUCAUCAGUUGGAUUCCCCACCCCCCCUCUAACCCCUCCAGACAGGAGUAAAGAUGAUAAAACACCGUCUUCAUCUUCAAACCAAGCUCUUCCUCCUGCAGCUAUGCUGUCCAAACCUCCAGGCUCCUCGGAGGUCUUCAGCACGCCACCACCGUCCCUCAGCAGAGCUGAAGGCCUUUCAGGAACGCCCCUCACCAUGUCAGCCAGGAUCUCUGCCUUGAACAUCGUUGGAGAGCUGCUGAGGAAAGUUGGGAGUCUGGAAUCCAAGCUGGCGUCCUGUCGGGACUUCGUCCACAAGCAGACAGCCAGUCGCAGACGUCUUGAUGGUGGAUCGGGGUCAGCGGCGGGUCAGAACAGCCCCUCAGAGAAUCAUGCUACCAAUGGCCUCUGCAACAUGGGGCUGGUGAAGAGGUUAGACUUUGGUGCAGGUUCCAAGUUGCUGCUGUGAGACGACACACCUCCAUCUUCCUCAGAGCCUCUCGGCACGUUCUCCACCCAGCCUGGAUGUUGUAAGACAUCGUAGGGAUAUCUCUGUCUCGUCAGGAUAUCGUGGACUCCACAGAUGCCAGGCAGCAGGGAUAACACGGGGGUGGGGGGUUCAUUAUCAUGGAUAUCUGGGAUGUUUGAGAUUCUGCUCAUUUAUUAACAGGACUUCUUUCAGCACUUGCACUUGGCUUAAACUAACGCCUCGCGUCCUUCAGCCUGGGUCUUUGUCUCUGGUGUGUGAAGCAGAUUCAGACGCAGGUUUGUUUCUAGUGUUUAAAUAAUUGUGAAACUGCUGUACAGGAAUGUUGUUUUGCACAGUUUGAUCUGAAUGAGGUCCUACAAAGAAACACUUUGAUGUUCCUGAGAGAUUAGAUUUGAAGCUGUUUGUUUGGAUCAGGAAAAUGAUCCAAACAAACAGGAACCGGGCGUUCAGAGGGAUGCUGAGUGCUCCUCUGCUGUCAUGUUUGUUACAAGUCUGUCAGUUAAAGCCGACGUUUGCUUUGUGUUCCUCCUGAAAACGUCUGAAGCUCGUCAGAGGGAUGAACACUGGGAGGGCACCUUCAUCCACCUUCUCCAUGUUUUUGUGUAAAAUAGUUAGAAUUUAUCAGAUUAUUUCAAUCAUGAAGGAAGCAAAACAGUUUGCAAGAUGUUCGGAUAAGACAACAAAACGCCUGUUUUGAUGAGCUGUUCACAUUAUUGGAGUGACAUCAGUGAGCAGAGAAUUUGUGACAGUUUCCAGAUGAACUAGCUUCUGAAGCAGGUGUUGGUUUGGUGUUCCCUCGUAUCGCUGGAGGUCUGGUUUGCUGCGCAGAGUUUAGAUUUGAUGUUUUGUGAUGAAGUGAAUCAGAUGAAACCUGGAUAACGACUCAGAUCAGCAGCGGAGGAACCUGUGGUGGAUGUGGUGACACCUGGUGGCCAUUAAAGGGAUUUUAAAAACUAUUUCAAAGAUGCUUUAGUGAUUUUAUAAUAAUCCGUAAUUCUAGAGGGAUUAAGGAGAUGUCACACUACCACUGAACAUUUUUUGUUGGUUUUUGUUUAAUCUGUGUUGCAUUGGUUGAAACAGCUUUUCUCAGAGGAUGGACUCCUGUUUUGUCCUUGUCAAAGUUACUUAUGUUAUCAGAUCAGUAAACGUGUUGUGACUAAAGAGCUUGGUACUGUAAAUAUAAUCUGAGAUGGCUUUAGGAGAUCAUCGGUGCUUGUUUUACUCCCUAGUCCUGGUCCUUGGGCUGCACCAUCCUCCAUGUUUUCCUUUAUUGACCACCUCAGCAGGUUCAUCAGUCAUCACUAAAGUCUCACAUCAGCAGGGAGGUAUAAUCUGGGCACUGGGGCCUGAGGACCAGGACUGGGAACCAGUUCAACAGCUCCAGGUUUGAAACAAUAAACAGAUUAUAGUCCAGCAGGUUGGGCUUAUUUCUUACACCACUUAAGAAUAUAUUUAAGGGUUAGUUGUUUAAAUGGCUUUUUGAGAACGUAUUAAUGAUUAAUAUCCUACCUGUUGUAAAAUGGUCUGUGAACAGCUUCCGUUUGGAGAAACAAGGGUGAGGUCUGACCAGACAUGAGCCAACGGUUAAUCCUAGAGGGCCAAAGUGGACGACUGUCAUUAAAAAAAAAAUCUCAGUGAUGUGUCAAAGUGUAAGUGUUUUCUACACCGUUGUAACCCUUGAGUCUGAACUGAAAUGUUAGAUUUUCACCAUUUUCUGCUGUAAACAACCAUGUAAUUCUCUGUAACAUAACUAUAUCAUUAUUAAACAGUUUGGGUUAACUAACUGCAA